AUGUCCUCAGACCCGUACUGCGUUUGUGCAGUGCAUGGCAGGGGAAGUUCGACAUUCAAAACACCUACCGUCGCCAACGACUUGAGCCCUAGAUGGGACGUUUGCGCGCGCAUCACCGAUUUUCACUACGGCGAUUCUUUGGUCUUCACAGUUUGGGACAAGGACUUUGGGAAAGCCGAUGAUGCGCUGGGACAGGUUUCGUUGCCCUCUGAGAAAAUCAUACCAUACGGAUUUGACGAAUGGCUCGUGUUGGAUGGAACAGGAGCGAAAGGUGUGGUCUCUAAAGCAGACGACAUCUCCAGCAUCAGAGUUACGGCGAAAGUGUUGAGAAAGUUCCCUCAGGAGCAGACGAGACACGAGGAGCCUGUAGUGCAGCCUGUCCGAAACACUUCGAAAGAGGGCUCUCGCAGUCCUGGUCUUCACUCUCCAUAUUCGGCGAACCACGAGAAGAAUGGAGACGAAGAUGCGGGGCAAGCUUUGAAGGAGGAGGAUUCUUCGAAGGAGAUUGCCCAGCCCCAACGGACGCGAUUCCAGCGCCUGCAAGCCUUCUUCAUCUCGGAGAAGUUCGAGCUCUUUCUUGCAGGGCUUCUGUGCCUGAAUAUCUGCAGCAUGGCCCUCGAACUGCAGUAUGAUGGCUGGGAGAUUGGCUAUUUGCUGGACUAUGGGUUCUACCGAAGCUCUAGCCACGACAGGUUCGCUUGGGGAAACGAGUUCCUUUUCUACUUGGAUAUGGUGUUUUCCGUGAUAUUUACGAUCGACGUCACUCUGCGAAUCUCAAUCCUACAGGGGAUGUUCUGGAGGGGUGGAAUAUCCAAUUACAUUGACUUAUUGGUGGUAGUGUUGUCCUGGACUGUCUACAUUCUGGCAGAGAACUUUCCCGUCAAGCCAAUGAUUUUGCGCUUGAUCCGCUUUGGAAAGUUGGUGCGCGCGCUGAAGGUUGUGAGGAUCUCCCAGUCGCUGGAGUCCCUGGCAUUUCUCAUGUCUUGCCUGCGAGCCAGCGGAACCGUCCUUGUGUGGACCAUGUCAUUGCUUGCUUGCAUCCAGUGCAUCGCCGCGCUCUUCGCGAGUAACAUGCUUCACUUCUUCCUGGUAGACGAGGACUACGACGUGGAAGUCCGGAGGGCUGUUUUCCGGUACUAUGGCACAUUCAGCGGCUCUUUCCUCACAAUGUUCGUGACAGAGUGGUGGACACUUUUCUUCUUGCUCUACCGAUGUCUCGUAGGCUUUGCCGUGUUGAACGUGGUCAAUGCAGUGUUUGUCCAAAGCACACUUAAAGUUGCACACGCAGAUGAAGAGCUUCAGUUCGAAGCGAAGCAGAAGGCACAGCGGAACCUCAUGAAUAAGUUGCAGAAUAUGUUCCUGGCUUUGGACACCUCAGGUGACGGGCUCCUCAGUUGGGAGGAGUUCAACGAAGCGAUCUCCAGUCCGAAGAUGGCAUUCUGGAUGAGCCAGCUUGAGCUUGAAUCUUCAGACCUCAAGAGUUUGUUCACUUUGCUGGAUGGUGGCGAUGGGCUGAUCUCUGUGAAUGAGUUCAUGGAGGGAGCCACUCGACUUCGAGGUCCAGCGAAAAGCAUCGACGUAGCCAAGCUCCUGAUGCUCUGUACGAAAACCGAGAAGACGCUGAAGGGGAUUGUUCGCGCAGUGAAGCCGCUAGUGGAUAAUGAAGGAGGCAGCCAGGCCGGCUCAGCGUUUGGUGGCCCUGGCUUGCUUCGGAAACGGACAUUGGACACCCUCGGCUCGAGGAACACCUGA